AUGAAGUGGCUCUCACUCUCCCUCGCCCUCGCCGGGUCUUCCCAGGCCGCCCUGCGCUUCGGGUGCUCGACCGUGAGCAUCCAGCGCCUCGACCCGCUCGUCGAGCCGGGCAAGCUGCCGUCCUCGCACGUCCACCAGAUCGUGGGUGGCAACGCUUUCAACGCGACCAUGGAGGGCGACAUUGCCGAGCAGGCCGACUGCACAACGUGCACCUUCUCCGAGAACUUCUCCAACUACUGGACCGCCGUCAUGUUCUUCAAGCACAGCAACGGCUCGUACAAGCGCGUCCCCAUCAUGCAGAACACGGCGCUGCCCAACGGCAUCAACGGCGGCAUGACCAUCUACUACACGCAGCAAGACUUCAACUCGAACGGUAACCAGAAGAUCACUGCCUUUAAGCCGGGCUUCCGCAUGACGGUUGGCAGCCCGACGUACAGCGCAGAGCCGGGCUCCAAGGGCAACCCGGGCCUGCGGUUCGUCUGUCUGCAGAACAAGGGCACGCGCUUCCCUGAGCUCCCCAGCUUCCCUACGCAGCCUUGCGUCGGCGGCAUCAUGACCGUUCACCAUUUCCCGUCCUGCUGGGACGGCAAGAACCUGGACUCGCCCGACCACCAAUCGCACAUGUACAACACGGUGCGGGAGGCCUUCGCGCCCGCGGGCGCCUGCCCGUCGUCGCACCCGGUGCGCAUGCCGCAGCUCGCGUUCGAGACGCUUUGGGACACGACGCAGUUCAACGGCAUGUGGCCGGCGGACGGCUCCAACCCAUUCGUGCUCAGCUACGGCGACGGCGUCGGCUAUGGCACGCAUGCGGACUACGUCUUCGGCUGGAAGGGCGACGCCCUGCAGCGCGCCAUGGACUCGUCCUGCAUGUUCAAUGCCUGCGAGAAUGGCAGGCCGCUCAAGAGCCAGAAUGUGCAGGCCAUGAAUAAGUGUGCUGUGAAGAGCCAGGUGAACGAGGAUUUGGAUGGCUGGCUGGACCACCUCCCUGGCCAGGGCAUGGAUGCGCCGCAAGCACAUGGACGUAUAGCUGGGCGAAUCACUAUCCACACGCCACGCCAGAAAUAA